CAUAGUCAAAUUUGAUUCUGAAUGUUGUUUGUCUUGUUUGAAUCUUCAUUUUAGUUUCUAUUCUAUGGCUGCUGUUAUUCUUCCUUCGCAGUUUUGUUUUUAACAUUUGCAAAUUUUUAUAUUAGCUUGUAUUGUUAUUUACAAUCACAACAAUACAUAUAAUUACCUUGGCAUGUCCCAGCCUGGAGGAAGAGGAUGGGGGCGUGGUCGGGCCGGCAGAGGCGGUGACAAUGCCGGUCCUCCUCCGCGCAGACCUGGCGAGCCGGCAAGACCUGUCCCCACCCAACAACCAGUCCCUACGGGUCCUCGCCCACAGCCCCCUACGCCAUGGGGCCCUCCUACAGCGCAAGCUGGCAGAGCCUCGCACAGAUCUACUCCAUCUACUCAUCAAGAGCAUCCCGGUGAUGUAGAUGUGCAGCAGAGAAUGCAAGCGAUGCAGAUUGCUGGAACAUCGCAACCAACUGCUGCUGGAGAACCAGGCUCCGCGGUAAUCGGGCGUGGCUCGCGACGUGGUGGCGGCAGGGUGCUGCCAGAGCAAAUGACGAUUUUGCGUACACGCCCCAGUACCAUCGAUUCUAAGAAGGGUACUUCUGGCACCGUCAUUGACCUUAGAAGCAAUUAUUUUAUGGUCAAAACUACUCCACAAUGGCGUCUCUACCAGUAUCAUGUUGAUUUCUCACCGGACGAGGACAGUACUUUCAUCCGUAGAGCACUUAUGCGUGUCCAUGCUAAAACUCUGGGCGGUUAUUUGUUUGAUGGUUCGGUGCUGUACACAGUCAAAAGGCUACAUCCUGAUCCCCUAGAGCUAUACUCUGAUAGAAAGACUGAUGACCAAAGGAUGAGAAUAUUGAUAAAGCUCACAUGUGAUGUCGCCCCUGGAGACUACCAUUACAUUCAGAUAUUCAAUAUCAUAAUCAGAAAAUGCUUUCAAAUAUUGGAUCUACAAUUGAUGGGCAGAGAUUAUUUCGACUCUGAGGCUAAGGUUGACAUUCCUGAAUAUAGACUUCAGAUCUGGCCUGGAUAUAAAACUACCAUUAACCAGUAUGAAGAUCGACUGUUAAUGGUUACUGAAAUUACUCACAAAGUUCUUCGGCUAGAUACUGUACUGCAAAUGUUAAGUGACUAUGCUGCAAGUAAAGGCGGAAAUUACAAAAAGAUAUUUUUAGAAGAUAUUGUGGGGAAAAUUGUAAUGACAACUUACAACAAGAAGACAUACAGAGUGGAUGAUGUGUCGUGGCAAGUGUCGCCAAAGUCUACAUUCAAAAUGAGAGAUGAGACCAUCACUUACGUUGAUUAUUACAGAAAGAAAUACAAGAUCAAUAUUCAGGAUACUGCCCAGCCAUUGUUAAUCUCGCGAUCCAAGCCACGUGAUAUUCGUGCUGGAAUGCCUGAAUUAGUAUAUUUGGUACCAGAGCUAUGUCGACAGACGGGACUCACGGACGAAAUGAGGUCCAAUUUCAAACUGAUGAAGGCUUUGGAUGCCCACACUAAGAUCGGACCAGAUGUUCGCAUACAAAAGCUGAUGGCAUUCAAUCAAAGAUUGACAAGAAACCCUGAAGUGGUUAAGGAAAUGGGUGAAUGGGACCUUACAUUAUCAAACGAACUGAUCAAGAUCAAAGGUCGUCAACUGCCGCCAGAAAAUAUUGUGCAAGGCAAUAACAAUCGCUACCCAGCUGGACACACCACUGACGGGUGGACCCAGGAUAUGCGAUCGAAGCCUCUGUUGGAGAUUGCUCAGCUGUCGUCGUGGGUAGUUAUAACUCCAGAGAGGCAGCGCCGUGAAACUGAAGGCUUUGUAGACUUGAUUAUGAAGACAGCUGGAGGUGUAGGUUUCCGUAUGCCUCGACCAGAAGUAGUAACUAUCCGGAAUGAUAGUUCUAUGGAAUACGCAAACGCCUGCGAGAACUCCAUCGCGCGGAAAAAUCCUGCAAUGCUCCUGGUUGUUCUAGGUCGUAAAGUUACUGAUCGCUAUGAGGCGAUUAAGAAGAAGUGCACAGUGGACCGUGCGAUCCCAACGCAGGUUGUGUGCGCCCGAAAUAUGACAUCCAAAUCGGCUAUGUCUAUUGCCACCAAAGUAGCUAUCCAGAUUAAUUGCAAGCUUGGUGGUGCUCCAUGGAGAGUGGACAUACCUCUUCAAAACAUACUCGUUAUAGGUUACGAUGUAUGCCACGACACUCGGUCCAAGGAGAAGAGUUUUGGCGGAUUUGUUGCUUCAUUGGAUCGCUACUUGACGCGUUACUUUUCAGCUGUCAACUCUCAUACUUCUGGAGAAGAAUUGAGCUCGCACAUGAGUUUCAAUGUUGGCUCAGCCCUCAAGAAGUUUAGAGAAGUUAAUGGAACAUUGCCAAGCAGGGUUUUCAUAUAUCGUGAUGGCGUUGGUGAUGGACAAAUCCCUUAUGUUCACUCUCAUGAGGUGGGAGAGAUAAAGAAGAAGUUGGCUGAAAUUUACGCCGGUGAAGAAUAUAAAAUGGCGUUUAUAAUCGUAUCGAAGCGCAUCAAUACGCGCAUCUUCUUGGAUCGUGGACGUGGCGAGAACCCACGCCCCGGUACUGUCGUGGACGACGUAGUCACCCAACCUGAGCGCUACGAUUUUUAUUUGGUAUCGCAAAACGUACGCGAAGGCACUAUUUCGCCCACUUCAUACAAUGUAAUCGAAGAUUCCACAGGAAUGCAUCCAGACCGGAUGCAAUGGUUGACGUAUAAAAUGACCCACUUGUACUACAAUUGUUCCUCGCAAGUACGCGUCCCCGCCGUGUGCCAGUACGCACACAAGCUCGCUUUCUUGGCGGCCAACAGCCUCCACAGCCAGCCGCAUUAUUCCCUAACUGACACCUUAUAUUUCCUGUAAAUGAAAAGAUAGGUAAAUACCUAUCUUUUCAUUUAUCAUCCUUUAAAAGUAGGCAUUUGCCUACUUUUAAAUAUUUACUUUUUCAUUAUUUUCUACAUUCUGUGAUUUGUGAAAAUCUCAAAACUUUUGAAUAUUUUCAUAUAAUGAGUAUCGAGUAUGGUGUGAUACUACAUUUUGUAUUAGCUCUAAGAAAAUAUGUGACUGUUUAGAUUAUAAGGACUUGGCUGGGUUUGAUAUUGAAUAUCAGACCUUCAACCUCUUGUUUGCGGUUUAUUAUAUGAGAUGAGAUGGUUAUAUACAUUAUCUCGCUCUGAUCUGCAUUCCGGCAGACCAAGACUUAUAAAAUACUCUUAAGUACAAAUUCCUCAAAUUUGAUACUUUGAACUUUGUGUACUAAAAUUGUCAAGUAAGCCGGGUGUGAUAAACAUACCUCCUUUAUUUUUUUAUUAGUAGUUUGUAAGGUUUUUUGUAUUAACAUUAAUACUUAAUGUUUUUGACGUGACUAUGACUACCUCCAAGAAAUGACUGUGUUGACAACAGCUAGUCAUAUUUACCACCGAUUGAGACAUGUUUGAUUUUGAUGAAUGUUUACAAUAGUGAUUGAAGAUGAUUGUGGUUCCCACAUUAUCAACCAGUGAUGUUAAUUACAUAAUGUUCACCUACCAAACUGUUCCUAAGAACUAAUUAAACAUGUUAUUUUGUGUUAAGCAUUUUUAUAAAAUAAAGGCCUAUAUUGUAUAGCCUAAAAACGCUGAACGUUUAGAAAUUGCCGUAGGCAUUUCUCAUUUUUUGGUAAAAUGUUGCCAUAUGAUUGCCAUGGGCAUAUAAAUUUAUUUUGUAAGUUUAGAUUAAGUGUUACCUUUUUUAUUUCAAAAGUUUAUAUCAUAUUAGUCAUGACAUUCCAAAUGAGUAUUAUCGUAAUUUUGUUAGUCUUUUCUUGCUUUGUCUUUUUUUAAGAGUUUCAUACAGACAUAACCUCACCCCCGUUUCCCGUGAGGGUAGGCAGAGACUAUGACUAUCAAAAUUAGUUUCAAAUAAAUCCUGGUAGCUAACUGACCAUAACGGUGACUAAGUAUGAACAUUCUACAAAAUGCUUGUUUUUAUUUACCAAACUAUUUUUACGUAACUUACGGUGCUUGUCAGAGUUGUAUUUUAUGUAAGUAGUGAGGAAGAAGUUGAUUAUUACGUCAUAAUUGGCAACUACCAACACCUUUUUUGUACUUAUUACAUUUUCUUACUAAAUAGAAA